UACAAAACAAUUUCCUGUGUCCUCUGGUGGAGAUUGUUCUUCACGAAUUAACAAACUCUAAAAAGAUAUAUCCCACUUUGCCCUCAACAUGGGAGGUGGUGGUCCGAGACAUCCACAUGUGGCUGGAGAAGGAAACUGGGGAAAUUAUACUAAAGGGACCUUUAUACAUUCCCUAAGCAAGAGGAGAGUUCUUCACCAUUAUUCGUUGAAACCUUUGUAUGGAAGUUAUGCCUUUGCAGCUUUUCUUGGAAUAUAUUUUACAUUGAGGAGUUGUAUAAUGAAUCCAGAAACCAACUUCUCACCUGCAGGAGAAAAAUGUUCAUCAAAUAAUCAAUGGGGAUUCAAACAGUAUCUUUACUUGAAAAGUGGUAGAGACUAUAACAAAGGAGAGGGCAAACCACCAAUAGAAGAUGUGUAAACAUGAUUCAUCAAUAAAUUGUGUGGAGUGUUGUAUGAAAAUUUAAUAUUUUCCCACAGGGAAUAUAACAUCGAAUAGAGAAUAUUUCAGAAAUAAAUUGUAAUAAUUGAUUUAUUAAAGAAAACCAACUGUG